CAUGGAUCGGUACCAGCGGGUCGAGAAGCCGCGGCCCGAGGCCGCCGCCAUCAGCGAGAACGAGAUCCGUAUCACCACACAGGGCCUCAUCCGCAACUACGUCACCUACGCCACCUCCCUCCUCCAGGAAAAACGUGUGAAAGAAAUUGUGCUGAAGGCUAUGGGACAAGCUAUCAGCAAGACAGUGGCUAUUACUGAGAUCAUAAAGAAAAGGAUCCCUGGGUUGCAUCAAGAUACCACAAUCAGUUCAAUCAGUAUUACUGAUGUAUGGGAACCCAUUGAGGAAGGCCUUGUACCAUUGGAGAUGACUCGUCAUGUUUCAAUGAUAUCAAUCUCCUUGUCACCUAAGGAGCUCGACACGAACUCACCCGGGUAUCAAGCUCCAUCGCAUGCAGAGCCGCAUAAACCAAGGUACCAGCAGGUUCAGCAAUAUCAACAACAACAGCCAAGACAGAAUCAAGUUCAAACAGAUUCAUAUGGACGUGGACGUGGAAGAGGCAGAGGGAGAGGAAGGGGCUGGGGUGGUAGGGGAGCAUAUGGUGGAGGUUAUGGUGGGUAUGAUAACAACCAAGGAGGUUAUGGUGGAUAUGGCAACCAGGGAGGGUACGGUCACAACCAAGGUGGGUAUGGCAACCAGGGAGGUUACGGCCACAACCAAGGUGGGUAUGGCAACCAGGGAGGUUACGGCCACAACCAAGGUGGCUAUGGAGGCGGGUAUGGUUACGACCAAGGUGGAUAUGGAGGAUAUGACAACGGUGGCUGGAACUACAACCAGAACAGAGGCCGUGGUGGUGGUGGCGGGGGCGGGCGAGGAAGAGGCAACUGGGGCUACGGUGGUAUGUAUAAUCUUAGCAACAUACAUUCUAUUCACGCAAAAUGGAACUUUAUGUUGGUUCCCACCUACCUUGUGCAUUUACUCCAACUCAUUGCAAAUCUAAGCAACAAUAAUUCGUGCGCUGAUUGAUGCCUCUCAUAGGCCAGAACUCUGGUGAAUAGUAUUCUUUUGAACUUGCUAGUCAGCAACUUUAUGAAGAGAUUGCUAAAUACAGCUGUAGGGUUUUGGUCAGUGGUAGUGAUAAUAAGAUUUCACUCCUUUAGAGCUAACUGAUUUUGCUUUACUCUCUUUCUCACUCCUAUGGGCAUUGUGGGAUGAACACAUUCUGAACAUGAGUUAUACACAUAUUGAUUAACU